AUGUCAAGCAAAAGCAAGGAAUACCUACAGAUCCUGAUCAUUGGGUACCACCAUGUACGUUCUCUAGACUUUGACAAUUCAUUGGCUAUGCUGACUUCAACAGCUGCGGAAGCAAGCGCCCUUGACCAGCAAGCCACUCGAGAGGACAUUUCAAGAAUCAUAAGAUCACUCGAGAUACGAGACCACCGUAUUCAAGCUGCCGAAGCUGAGAUACGGAAGAUCACAGAAGAGUAUCGCAAACUACGAGAUGAGCUACUGCCUAUCUUCCGAAGAGCAAAAGACCUCUCCCAGCCUCUCCCAUAUCACCCAAACAGCCAGUCCCCAGAUCAUCCGGAGGACAACGGUGCGUCUCCGACCGCUCCAAUCCCGCCAGAGGUGAAAGGUAGCGUACUGUCCCGCAAGUUCUCGAAGAAGCGAUUGUUCCUUGGUCAGACGCCAAAGAGCAAUUCGCCUACACAUAUUCCCCAGAGCGUUCAAGAGGAGAGGAAAGCAAUGGUUGAUCCAACCUUGGAUCCUUCGGCAGCUGCAAUAGCAGCGUCCAAUCACUUGACAGCGGGUAUGAAUGGAGGGUCUCAACCAUCGACAUCUCCCAACCAAGCGAACAUGCCGUCUCCGACCUCCCCAAAUACCUACAACAGGUACCGUGAUCCACAGGCGCAAGGGACGGUACGAACGAUCUACUCUCAUGCGGAAGAUCCAGGAGGGUAUGGCUCGACAGCCAACUUCGAUCGUAAUGCCAGCAAUCCCACACCUACUCCUCGCACACUCGCCGAGUCUAGAGCGCUCGCUGGCCGAGGUCCUCCAGUAUCCAAUUACAACCAAGCACAGCCAACACCGUCGUCCCAGCCCGAAGACCCUCCGCCCUCAUCAUCCGGCGCCGGCCCCAGCGUCGAGAUCUUCAAAUCCUUCCGCGUCAGCAUGGACGACCCCUGCGAGAAAGUCCUCCCCGCCGCGUUGAAGAAAUACAACAUAAACGCCGACUGGAAGAACUACGCCCUAUACAUCGUCCACGGCGAUCAAGAGCGAUGUCUGGGUCUCAAAGAGAAGCCACUGAUAGUAUUCAAACAGCUAGACAGGGAGGGCAAGAAACCGAUGUUCAUGCUCCGGAAGCACGCUGCUCCAAUGGAAGGACAUACAACGAAUAAUUACUCCGGCGGCAUGAACCCCAGCCCUUACGAUCAAGGCCUGGGCGGGAGAGGGCAGACGAAGAAAGAGCGAGCACAGUUAGCUUCGAAUUUGGUUGAGAAUCUAGAGGUUGGCUGGGGAAGCAUAGCACGCGGGUUCAGCGAGCGAGCGAGCGAUGGAUGGAUGGACUCAGCUAGUCUGAUUCGAUGA